UUUUUUCAGAAACGGCGUUUUCAUACUGAUAAAAAUCGACAGACACAUAUUGGUUGUAACUGUAUUUUACUGCAGGGGGCGCAAUGCCCUGCGGUAAGUGCACAGUUACACAGUAAGCGCUUGUUUCGGAGUGUAGUUUGAGUCGGGGAUUCAGAGCGAGGAGGUAACAAUCGGUUACUAACCGGGAUUUUGUGCGCUUUAAUUGCGCGGCUUAAUCGCGCGGUUCCGCAGAGAACAGCGGCAUCUCGCUCACAGUCGGUCACUGAACUGACGGCCCGGUGCGCUACAGGGAGGCAGUACAGCGGAGCCCGUCGCAGCUGUUCGAGCUUAUGGAGCCGCUAGACUUCGCAGUGUUAUCGCAGGCGACCGAAUGAAGGACUCACUAACUCUACAUGGACGUUAGAGACACUAGCCACUUACAUAAUGACCGAUGAUGUCGUUCUGUUAAAUGUACCAGUUAUCCGACAGCUCUACCACUGGGACUGCGGCCUGGCGUGUUCGCGGAUGGUACUGAAGUAUCUUCAUCCAGUGAGUGAGGAGGAGUUCCAGGGAGCCUGUUGGGAUCUGAAGUUGACGGAGAGCGUGUGGACUAUCGACCUCGCAUAUCUCAUGUGUCAGCUAGGUGUAAGGCACUGCUUCUGCACACAGACAUUGGGAGUGGACAAGGGCUUCAGGAAUCAGUCAUUCUACAAAAAGCAUUUUGACACGGAAGAAGACCGAGUCAAUGAGCUGUUCCUGAAAGCAGAGGGCAAAGGAGUCGUGGUGAAAAAAUGCUCUGUGACUGUUCAGGAGAUCCAGGCUCAUCUGGACCAGGGUCAUGUAGCCAUUGUGCUCGUCAAUGCUGUAGUUCUGGUGUGUGAACUGUGUUCGACUCCGGUCAAAUACUGCUGCUUUCUCCCUGUGGGUCAGAAGUGUUUCUGUCGGAAGCCUGAAUACCAGGGCCACUUUGUGGUAGUGUGUGGAUUUAACCGUACCACUGGCUGCAUCUUUUAUAACAACCCUGCUUACUCUGACCGAGUGUGCUGCACUAGCAUUUUGAAUUUUGAAGAGGCAAGAAUGAGCUAUGGAACAGACGAGGACAUUCUUUUCAUCUUCAAGGACAGUUGAUCUUUGAAAGAUGACUGACUUUUUUUCGCUGUGAGAGUUCUGAUUGGCUGGGCUGCAGUUUUCUUUGACUGCACUGCUGGAAAGUAACAGGUAAUAUAAUCCUUCUUGGGCUUUUGUUCUCUUUUGAGGAAAUGUACAGCCCAAUUGUACAAAAAUGUGUAUCACUGCUUGAGAUCACGGUGCUAAACAAGCCAUAUGACGAGCUCACAUGUGCUUAAUGCUAUAAUACAAGAACCAAUGGACAAUAAAGACUGAAAGAUACUUAGUCCAGGUAUAAUCUGAUUUCCUCCCAGCUGCUGACAAAGAAGGGAAAAUUGAAGUAUUGUGUAGUGCUUUUGUGAUGAAACGGCUUCAUUAUAGACCUGUAAAAUUA